AUGAAGUAUUCAGAUAAAGGAGUAAAUGUCUUCGAUAUGAUUCCGUGUCUUGCCCUCGUUGCUAUCUUGUCUAACAAUUCGGUCAAUGGUAUGGUCAAAAAGGCUAUAAUUGUGGAGUCUGUGGUUUUUCUGGUCUUAGUGGUGGUAUAUAACAAGAAGAGUCCGUGGAUUAAACCCCUUCUAAUGUGCUUGAUUGUUUCUCAGGCUUUGUUUUUGGGUCUUCGGGAUAACGUCAUUCUUCCUUACCUUGACAAGCAAGGAUACCUUCCAAAAGGGGCUUGGAAAGGUCCCGAUGAGAAAAAUGAGGAUGUAUGUAGCCAGCCAGAUUUACAUUCAGAAGAGGAAGGUCCCACUAGUGCGCUGAUGGAUGCAGCCAGCCAGGAAGUAAACAGUCAGGAAGUAAGGGAUGCAAAAGACACUAGCACUAAACCUAGCCGUAAAGCUACCGAAAAGAAGUCUAAACCGUUAUGCGGAUGCAUCGACUGUCUUGAAACCCGUGGGAGAUGUUAUUGUUCUUCUUGUCAAAGUAUGCGCUCUGCACACACGCAGUGUCCUUGCGAUACGUGCCAAGCAAGCCGAAAGGACUGUAAUUGUGUCAAUUGUCGCAAUAGCCGUCUUGUUUCUCAAUGCAGUAAGUGCCUUCAAUAUAUGCCUACGCCGGCGCCGGGAAUGCCUAUGGCUUCAUACUAUCCUAACUAUGGGCCAGUGCCUCAAUUCGCUACGCCUACACCCGCGCCCACAUAUAGCAAUUGUUGCCCGCCUAAUCCUCCUAGUACCCGAUCUAAGCGUGGGCACAAUUCAUCUCAUAGCCGCACGACACCUUCCAAAAAACCUAAAUCUGCUCCUGGCCCCAAUACUAAGCCUAGUCCCUGUUUAACAGAUCAUACAUCCGCACUUACACCUAUCUCCGACCCUAAAGAGCAAAACCCUUCAGCUUUGGCCAAACUUUCGCCGACUAUCAAUGAACUAGCCCUCUCCAGUUCAGUAAAUCCUUCACCAACCCCGCUGAUCUUACCCCCUGAUACAUCCGUUCCAAUGAACAAGAAGAAGUCUACUCGCAUGUGCAUGGAAAAGGAAUGUGUUAACUGCAAACCAAGCAAGUACGAUGACCUGAAUAACUGUCCGCGCAAAGAUUGUCUCACGUGCCGAAUUGAUUGGCGGUUAGCUGAUGCCCUUAAGGUGAGUAUUGGAGCAGAAUACCCGAUCCUGCACGAGUACAUGUCACAACACACACCAAAGGAAAGACGUCAACUCCUGGGCUGGCUUUGUGAAUAUGCUGAUCAAGAAUCGGAGGCUCAAAAGCGACGGCUUGAUCAAAGCCGAGGCAUUCCUCCCGCCCUGCCCGCGCCCAAUGAUCCGGCAUACACUCCAAAGACGCUUUCUGAGCUCGAACAACUCAUUCCUAACGAUGACCUUAAGCAAUUCCUCAGGUUUCAGGCGGAGUUGGAAAUUCUAGCCCAAGCGAUGGUCCGUCGCGAUUACAUACGUUAUCUGUCCGCCAGCCCUCUGGAAAGUGAUAAGAAACUAGCUGAAACACAGCGGACAAUUGAUCAUAACGAGCGUGUGGAGCUAUACGACCAACUUGUAUAUGGCGAUUCUGCAUAUAUGUCCGACUCUUCUUCCAUGCUUAUGUUCGGCUCAACCUAA